GACACGAAGUUGUCAAAUUAUUCGAUUUAUAUCAAAUAUCCUUUAUCAAGAAGACUCAUUAAACUUUUAUAAUCCAAAUUUCUAGUAUUUUGGGAACACUAUCAGAUAAUACUACUAUAUAAUAUUUGUGAACAUUGAAAUUCUUGAAAUGUUCUUUAAUUAUUCAAAUCUUUUUCAACUUUACUCGAGAAUUUCAAAGUUAAAGUCUUAGUUGGUGAACCUACACGUCUAACUGCUCACUCACGAACAUUCGAAAUAAAUUAACCAAUGUCAAUUGAGACGAUGGUAUUGAUAGUGCUCUAACUGAUAUAAACUCUAAAUGAAUUCCUUUUACUUCAAAGUAUGAAGAAAUUUUUGAAGAAAACUUUCCAUAGUAUGACAUCAAAAUGAGGCAUUCAUCAAAGUACAAAUUUGACCCUAAAAUAAAACAUCUAAAUGCUCAGCUUGAUAAACUUUUCACGAUUUCCAAGGUCAAUCCUAAAUAUUUGAAUGAACAUAAGGCACUAAAGAGAAAAUAUGAUUACACUAUAACAGAAUAUAAACGAAAGUAUUAUGCUGACCAAAUAUACAUCUCACAAAACAAAACAAAAAAGUCUAGCAAAUUGUGAUAUCUAUAACUAGAAGGAGUAAAAUACACAACAUCCAUUGCCUUCUGGAGAUCCAACGAAAAUAGUCGAAGAUUUCAAUGAAUUUUUCGCAAAAUCGGCUUCAAAUUGUGGUAACACUGAAACAGACGUCCUACUCUCUAAUCUGAAUCGCACAGAUAAAUCAUUUUACUUGUUUACUGUUACAGUGUUUGUUGAAUAACAAAUGGAAGUUACAUUAUAUCUAUCGUAUAACUUAUUAUAUACUGAAAAAAUAAUCAAUCACAAACUGAAAAUAUAAUUAACUCAUCAUAAUUAUAAUUCUUGUUCCAAUAAUUUAGGUAUAUUCCUGAGGAUUUAACUGAUCAAAUAAUUUGUGGUAUUUUUCCAGUUCCAAUUCCUAAAUUACAACAUGAAUUCAUGGAAUCUGAGCCCAGCAUUUUAUAAUUUUUAUAAGAAAAAUUAUUGUACGAAUGAAAAUUGAUGCAUAAUUAGAUAAUGAAUUAAUGCUAUCAACUUCUUUCAAAUAAUCUAAUCCAUAAUUCCCAUAAUAUCUUUACUAUCGCAGAAAAUGAUCAGUUAGAGAAACACAAUUCUUCAAGUAGUCGAUAAUUAUUCUGAAAAAUGACUGACUGCUGAAAUUUGCGAUUCAUUAUCUAGAAUGUUGUAAUUUGAAAAAAAAAUUGCAGAAAUAUUCAUAUAUGAAUAAUGCGGAAUUAUAUAUUAUCAGAUUAAACUUCGCAUUAUCAGUUUCCGCUUGCGAUUGCAAAUUGGAGAAUUAUGAUAAAAUAUUAACACAUUUCAUAGUGAAUUGAAUACCAGAAAAUUUAUAAUUAUUGAAGAUUUGGUAAAGGACUUCGAAAAACAAAUUGAAAUCACCAGUUUCUGAGACGUUAGUUCAACUUCAGGCAAUGCUUAUAAUCCAAUCAAGUCAAACGGGUUUUCAGAAAUAAUCAACGAUUAUCUAUGUAAUAUUUUGUGGUUGAAUUUUUUUUCGAUGAAGUUCAAUAAUUUUGUAUCAUUAGUCAAACCUUAUGCUUAUUAUUCUUCUUGUUAUUGAUUGACAUUAGGAAAUUGACAAGGUUAUGCUCCUAGUAACUCAUUUGUGAUUAUUUGAAUGCGUACGUUGAAAAUUUCAUUCAAAUUAUCUACAAUUUCGGAAAUGAUAAGUGACUUCCUGAUAAAGGAGAAAUAUUCAUGAAAAUUUCAUGCUGAAAGAUUUCAUAUUUUACCUUCACUGCCAUAGUGAAGGCGAGGUGUGGCCGACGUGGGAGUUAAAGUAAUCAAUAAUUCAGAUAUUCGAAAGGACAUAGUGAGAAAAUUUAAAGAAAUUUCGUGAAUAUCUCAUGGGGAUUACAACACUGCGUCAAACGAUAAAUAUAGUCAUAUUUACUAACGAAUAAGCGAGUAUCAAUCUAUAUACAUAUUCAAGGCGAAAUUUAUAUCUCUCCACGAAAAUCAUCUGGACUGAUGCACUUCAUGGUUACGAAACUACAAGGACAGUAAUUCAGACAUUCAGCAAAAAAUCCAUAAUGUAAUUAUAUAUUUGAUCAAAAGGAACAGCGAACUAUCAUUUUGAUAGCCAGAGAAACAUAAAAAAAUACUUACAAUAUAAAAUACAUCACACAUAAAAAAAUACAUAAAUAAUUUGUUGAAAUUGCAUUAAUUUUAUGAAUAAAACCAGAUUGUGGAAUUCCCUUCAUUUGUUCUAUCUUUGAUGUUUGAAAUCUAAACGUCGGGUGUGUUUUGUCGCUUUUGAAUUUCGGUUGAUUUUUUUCAUCGAUUCUCUGAGCAGUAUCCCUAAAAAACAUCGAAUGUGUAAACCUUUCUUCCUUCAAUCGCGCCUUUCUUUGAGAAGCUUAUUCAUCAAUUCUUCUGUAACGGAGAACCAUAUUUUCGUAUUCUUCUUUAAUCGAUACGAUGUCGAAAAUACUGUCGCUGGUGUAUAUAUUGUCGGCUUCUUUUUCCAAAUCUGAUUUUAAAAUACUAUUAUCGUUAUGAAUUUCUGGGGAGUAUUCACAAAGAAAGAUGAAAUCCGUCAAUCCAGAACUUUUGAUUGGAGCUGAAGACGUCUGAAACUGAAGACCCCGUUCAUUUUCAACGGAUAGAAUUCCGAACGGUUUGAAAUUCAGGACUGUCGUUUAGAUUGGACGAUUCCCCUCUAAACUGAAGAUCUCAACCUGACGAUCGCUGAGAGAAAACUGACGAUCUGAAAACCGACAAUUUGGAUCGACAGGUCACGUAGUAGGUAUUUUGAUUUCGAUUUUUCAUACUAGUUCCAUAAAAAAAGUGAAGAUUGAAAUAAUGAUUCCUAAUCAGUACAACAUUGAUAUUGACUUAAAAAAUUUAAAUUUUUAUCCAAUGGGCUGCUAUAUCUUCCUCAAUGACCUUAUGUUGUCCUAACAAGUUCUUUACAGCAUUCAGCAUUCCCUAUGUCCUGAUUUAUCAGAAGGGUCUCAAUAUCGCCCAUCCAAAAGUUGAUGUAUUUGAUGCCCAUUAUAUGAUCAUAUUGUUUUGAAACUUCUUUGAGUUUUUCAUUCUUUUCCUUGGUCUUUUCUUGAAGGUAAUCCCACUGACUAGAAAUAUUCCCUAAGCGUUCGCGAACUGCUGGGUUCAACUUUUCAGAUUCGUUAUAUAUUAAAUUACGACCAUUGCCCAAAACUUCCAUAACGCGUCUAGUGUUAGAUUCAAUUUCAACCCAUCGAAAUGUUAGUCGAUUUGUGUCUGUCUGCAUCAUAAAUUUAUUCUUGAUUCAACAUGUCAGCUUACGAGCCAAGUUCUCGUUAUUUGUGGGAGGUUUUAAUUUUCUGCAUUCAUAUGAAUAAAUCUGCGGCAGAGGCUCACCUAAUGCUCUAAAAUACCUAUCGUGAGUCCGCUAUUUGCGAAAGAACAUGCCGAGAGUGGUUUCAACCUACCAAAAACGGGAAUUUUGACGUCGAAGACCAGCAUGGCGGUGAAAGAGAGAAGGUUUGCGAAGAUGCAGAAUUGGAAGCAUUAACAUUAAGGUAUAAACAGACCGACGCGGAACUGCAGGAGCGAGACGGGAACGAAACUUUUGCGAGAUUGAAAUGAACGGCGGGAUAUGGAGGAGUGCAUAUCGGUAUGAAUAGAACGCAUGUGAAUUGCAGUGUUUUCUCGCAGUUCGCACAGUAGUUUUGUCUCAUUAUUAUCGCGUUGGUGUGCAUGCUAUGAAAUCUGUCCACUACCGCAUCUAACGCAUAGCACCCUUUCCCGUUUCCGCUAACGCAGUUCGCGUCGGUCUUUUCAUACCUUUAUUUGAUCAAGUCUCGUGUCAAACGCAAAAAGAAUUGGCAGGAUCAUUAGAAGUGUCGCAAACAGCCAUUAUGAAACGCCUGAAAGACAUGAUUCAGAAUCAAGGAAAUUAGGUGCCGUACGAAGUGAAGCCGAGCGAUGUUGAACAGCGUUUGUUUCCUUGUGAAUAGCUGCUUGCAAGACAAAGACGGAAGAGAUUUCUUUGUCGCUUUGUGACUGGAGACGAAAGAAUGUGUUCAUUACUGUAACGUUGUGAGUUUAAUUCUUAGGUAGAACAUAUGUUGAUUUCACAUCUGUUAUUAUUACUGAUAAAAUAAAUCAGUUUUAAUCCAAACCUCGUUUAAGAUACAUCUCAGUUACCUAAAUUAUCACAGUGGCGACGAGGAUGGGAUUAGGCAUUUAACUAUAGUUCCUCACCAUCCUGCUAGUAACGGCGCAGCCGAAAACGCAGUAAAAACAGUAAAACAAGCGUUAAUCAAGGCAAAUUAUGAAAGACAGAACUUAGACAUUUUUUUACGCGCAAAUCGAGUUGGAUGAUGAAUCAAAAAAAUUGGUAACUAUUAACACCCAUAAGUGUUUAUUUCAAUAUAAUCGCUUACCGUAUGGUAUAUCCUCAAGUCCAGGGAUUUUUCAAAGAAUUAUGGAAACUCUUUUUAAUGAUAUUAGCGGAAUAUAUAUUUUUUGGAUGAUAUUUUAAUAGCAAGUGAAAGUGAAAAAGAACAUAUGGAAUUAUUAAGAUUAAUUUUCCAUAAAUUGUUGAAAGCAGGUUUAAAAAUUCAAUUAAAAAAGUGUGGUUUUUUUCAAAGAAAAAUUUGUUAUUUAGGGUUCAUAAUUGAUAGCCGAGGUAUUCAUACUUCGCCAGAAAAAAUAAAUGCAAUUCGUAAAGUUGAAACCCCAAGAUCAGAUACAAAUUUAAAAGCCUUUUUAGGUUUGGUAAAUUAUUAUUCCAAAUUUAUCGAAAAUAUUUCUCAUAAAUUAGCUCCAUUAUAUGCAUUGCUAAAGAAAAAUAAAAAUUUUGAGUGGAAAAAACCGCAACAAGAAGCUUUCGAAAAUAUUAAAAGAGAAUUAGUUUCGGCAAACGUGUUAGUUCAUUAUAACUCUAAUUUACCCUGAUAUUAGCUAGUGAUGCUAGUAUGUUAGGAAUUGGGGCCGUGCUAUCUCACGAAUUUCCUAAUGGAGAUGUCAGGCUCAUUGCGUUUGUCUCGAGGACAUUAUCGGAAUCAGAAAAGGCAUACAGCCAAAUCGAAAAAGAAGCUUUAUCGAUUAUCUUUGGGGUAACCAAGUUUCACCAGUAUAUUUAUGGGAGAUCUUUUACAUUAUUGACGGAUCAUAAACCGUUAAUAAGUAUUUUUGGCGACAAAAAAGGAAUACCCAUUUUUGCAGCAAGUAGGCUGCAAAGAUGGAGCAUUAUUUUAGCAACAUAUCUUUUUAAGAUUAAAUUUAUUAAAUCCGGAGAUAAUUGCAUAGCUGAUGCAUUGUCACGAUUACCUGUGGAUGUCCAAAAUAAAAUUGAAGUAGAUAACAGUCACAUAUUUUAUUUAAAUGAAGAUUUAGUAAUAGAUUUCAAAGUAAUUUCUAGAGAAACAAAGAAGGAUUUAAUUUUGAACCAAAUUAUAGGAUUUUGUUUACACGGUUGGCCUGAGGCAAAGGACACAAAAUUAAUAUGUUAUUACCAAAAGAAAGAUCAAUUACAUGUUGUACAGGAGUGUUUACUUUGGGGAUAUCGUAUCGUAAUACCAACAUCUCUAAGAGAAUCAAUUUUGAGGGAGUUACAUCGUUCUCAUUUGGGGAUAAAUAAAUGCAAAUCGCUUGCACGUUCUUAUGUUUAUUGGCCGGGUAUCGAUGAAGAUAUUUGCAAAAUUUGUGCGGCAUGUAAAAUUUGCAGUAAAUUCAAGGACAUACUCCAAAAGACAACCUUAUCGCCCUGGCCUAGUCCAAAUAACCCUUGGUCACGAAUACAUAUUGACUUUUUGGGACCCAUAAAUGAUAAAAAAUUUUUAGUAGUAAUAGAUUCAUUUACUAAAUGGUUGGAAGUUUUCGAAAUGAAUAAUACUCUAGCUUAUAGUACGAUUUUUAAAUUAAGAAAACUUUUUUCAACUUUUGGUUUACCUGAUACAUUGGUUUCGGAUAAUGGACCCCCAUUUGCGUCCACAGAAUUCAAAUCAUUUUUAUUAAAUAAUGGGAUUAGGCAUUUAACUAUAGCUCCUUACCAUCCUGCUAGUAACGGCGCAGCCGAAAACGCAGUAAAAACAGUAAAACAAGCGUUAAUCAAGGCAAAUUAUGAAAGACAGAACUUAGACAUUUUUUUAUCACUUUUAUUUGAUUAUCGCAAUACACAACACAGUAUAACAAAUCAAAGUCCAGCAGAGGCUAUGUUCGAGAAGCUCAAGUGUCGUUUGGACUUAUUAAUGCCCGAUAAAAACUUAAGUAUUGAAAGGUCUCAAGCUAAGCAGAUACAAAAUUACGGUGGAAAACCAAGAGAAUUUGUUUCUGGAGACAAGGUUUUAGUAAAAGAGUACUCCAUAACAAAUAAAUCGACCUGGGAGGAAGGAACCAUAAUAUCUAAGGUAGGAAAUGUAAUGUACGAAGUUGAGUCUUCGAGAGAUGGAAAGAGUAAAAAAAGACAUUCUGAUCAAAUUAAAAAUCAGGUUAUUAUGGGCUCUGAACCAUCUGACGAAAAUUCAACUGAUAGAUUUAAUAACAAACAAGACAAAAUAGAUUUUUCUGUUAAAAACGAGGAAAAUGAAAACGAUAAUAAUAAUGAUGUAGACGCUCUAAUAGAAGAGACGCCUGCUAGGUAUAAUUUAAGACCUCGAAAAAAUGUAUAAUGGCUUCAUUUCUUAUAUUUUGAAUUAUUUUCUUUUCUGAUUUUAUAUAUAGCUAUGUUAUGAAAUUAGUUGUUAAAUAGGGGUAAGGGUGUAACGUUGUGAGUUUAAUUCUUAGGUAGAACAUCUGUUGAUUUCACAUCUGUUGUUAUUACUGAUAAAAUAAAUCAGUUUCAAUCCAAA